AUGUCGAGCUCCGACGGCGUGGAGAUCACGACCUGGCAGCGCAUCUUAUCUGCGACUUGGGGAAGUCUCCUGACUUCUUUGCUCGUCACUCCGCUCGAUGUCGUCCGCGUCCGACUACAAUCGCAACACAUUCCAAAACCCUUGAACCUUUCUCGGUUUCCUGCCUAUUCCACUUCAUUCAAACAAUUACCGCCCGACCUCGGGGUCAACUCGUGUUGUCGAGAAGUGUUCUGGCUAGGGCACAAUGGCGACUUCUGCAUAGCUGGGAGCGGAUCGGCACAGUCUUCUGCAUCUGCAGCCGAGUGUGCUGUGGAGGAGACUCAAAAGCGAACUUUCAACUCCACGUUGGAUGGACUAAAGAAGAUUGCACGGAAUGAGGGUUAUCUGACACUAUGGCGCGGUCUCUCGCCGACCCUGGUAAUGUCCAUUCCAGCCAAUGUCAUCUACUUCACCGGGUACGACUGGCUGCGAUAUCACCAGGGGAGCCCCAUCAGGAAGAUCUCCAAUGACACGUACGCACCCCUUGUUGCGGGUUCUAUUGCCCGAAUCGCGGCUGCAAUGGCAGUCUCGCCGAUCGAGAUGUUCCGAACCCGACUACAAGCCACCCACGGAAGCACGACUGGGGUCUUCAAAGACACCAUGAUGGGAUUGCAUCGCAUGACCCAGACUCACGGCUACACCUCUCUUUGGCGAGGGUUGACGCUGACAAUGUGGCGGGAUGUUCCCUUUUCUGCGAUUUACUGGUGGGGAUAUGAAGCGAUCCGGAAUGAAUUGACGGAUGCCCGCGAAGCCGUGCGAGGCCAUAAGCUGGAUCCUGGCCGGUCCAUGACUGGUGCACGGGCAGCUCAGAUGGAGGAAAACCACACGACCACCUUUGUUGACAGUUUUAUCGCCGGGGCAGGCUCGGGUGCUGUAGCCGCGUUGGUCACCACGCCGUUCGAUGUGGGCAAGACUCGUCAACAAGUGCACCAUCACGCUGGCGACGAUGCACCAUCAGCGGCAGCUGCCCGAGAAGUUGCCAAGAAGGGCAGACACAUUCCCGAGGAGUUGUCCAUGCCUCGGUUCUUGUACCAUAUCGUCAAGGAGGAAGGCAUGAGAGGACUCUUCAAGGGGUGGGCGGCGAGAUGUCUGAAAGUGGCUCCUGCGUGCGCCAUCAUGAUCAGCAGUUAUGAGGUGGGCAAGAAGUGGGCCAAGAAAAUCAACGAGAAGAAGGAAGGUCGUCAGGCUGAGGCGUGA